AUGCCAUCAAUACCAUACCUCUCCAGCCUCGCCGCAACCUCCCUCCUUCUCUCCGCCUCUGCAUCCCAAGCCAAAGCCUCAGCACCCCCCAAAUACCUCUUCGGGACCACCUGUCUGCCCGGCCCUCUCCAACCCUCGUCCUUCAACCUCACCACCACCCCGAGUUGUGCCCCUUCUUCAGGGGACCCACCCCCCUGGCAUCCCUUUACCGCCCGCCCGUACUGUCUCCCAAAGACCGACUACUGCAUCUUUACGCACGCCGGCUUCCACGGUUCGGACCGCGGCCUCAGCGUCAUCGAUGUUCGGCCGUAUGCCAUUACCACCGAAGACACCGUGGUGGAUAACGAUGAUGAAGUGUCCCGAACCGCGGUGACAGCGGUAGCAGACAUGUUAGUAUCGGCAUCACUGUCAGGAGCAUUGGAGCCACUCCCGGAUUUAUUCAGCCCCGAAGCCGCAUCAUCAUCAUCAUCAUCAUCAUCAUCAGCCACAACAACAACAACAGCAGAAAAAACAACCCGAGAACCAACAAGCGAAGAACCCGACUCCAAAAACCUCCCCUACGAACUCCGCGACCUCCCCAACAAAGGCAAAGGCCUAAUCGCCACCCGUCCCAUCCCCCGCGGCCGCAUCUUCAUGAUCGACUACCCGGCCGUGCUAGCCGAUACCAAACUCCCGCGACACGUCAAACAGGCCCAGGGCCGCGAAUUGAUGGCUGAGGCGAUUGGGCGGUUAUCUACGCGGGGCAGAGAGGAGGUACUCGGGUUGGCGAGGCAGAAUGAGGACGAGGAGAGGAAGAAGAGGGUGCCGGUUAGUGAGGAUGUGAUGAAGACGAAUUCGUUUGUGGUGGAGGUGCAGGGGCGGGAGUAUAUGGCGCUGUUUCCCAAGAUUGCGAGGAUGAACCACGCCUGUAAACCAAGCGCCGUCACCCGUUUCAAUUCAACCACCCUCUCCAACACAGCCAUGGCCUUUCGUGACAUCCUCCCCGGCGAAGAGAUCACCAUCAGCUACUCAACCUUCGGCCUCCCUUCCACAAUCCGCCAACAAAACCUCCUCUCCGGCUGGGGUUUCACCUGCACCUGCGAUCUCUGCACUUCGCCUCCCGCUGACCUCGCUGCGUCCGACAAGCGCCGCGAGAAGGUCUCACGUCUCGGCCAGGAAGUUAUCGAGCUGGUGUCGCGCGGCCGCAAAGAGGAUAUGCAGCAGGCUGUGGCGCUGUAUUCGGAAGCUGUCGAGGCGGUGGACGAGGAAGGGCUGGUGCCGCAUUUGGGAGGACAUUAUGAAGUGCUCGGCCGGUUAUGGGGGGCCGCAGGGGAGGUGGAAAAGGGGAGAGAGUGGGCGCAGCGAGGCCGGGAGGAGACCGAGAUGUUCGAGAGGGCGGCCAUGGGUUAA